AAGCUUCACAACUCCAAAAACCGAAAAGCCAAAUUAUUCAAACUCAACUCAAAACAAGAUGAAAUGCAUGGUGAAGAAGCUACUAUGUUGCGGAGCCAAGAGCUUCUCCCAAAGAGCUAGAUUACCGGAGGAAGGACGAGUCCGAGUUUAUGUCGGAAACGACAGAGAUACACAAUGCAAGUUAGAGAUGGAUGCUGAUUUCUUGACCCACCCUUUGUUCGAAGAUCUCCUUCGAUUAUCCGAAGAAGAGUUCGGUCACUCAUACGACGGUGCUUUGAGGAUCUCCUGCGAGAUUCAAGUCUUCAUGAACUUGAUCCAUUACCUAAAGUCCACGAGUUAUUCUCCUCAUUACAUUGAUGCAUCUCAUUAUCUUCAUUAAUAUUUAUAGUGGUGAUGAUGGGAAUAGAAGAUAGCGUCCUUC